AUGAUGGACGCGAACGACGUCGAAUCAGUUGAUGAUGAUUUCUAUAGUGGUGAAAUGGAAGAUGAUUAUUAUAGUGACGGUGAUUAUUAUGAUAAUGAUGAUGCCAAUGAUGAUGAUGAUGGUCCUGAUUAUGAUUUCAUGGCUGAAGCUGUUGAUGAUCCCGAUGACUUGUCGUUUCGCUCUCAGGGUUGGGAGGGGAGAAAAUUGAACUUAAGUGAAGCUAGUAUGUGUGGUGCUAGAAAUAUAUGUGAAGCUAGUUUGUCCAUUUCAGUAUGGUUGUUAUUGGCAAGGGUUUAUAGAGCCUUCUCCAAAGUCUUUGUUGUUUGUGAUAUCCUAGAGGAUUCAGUUGGUUCUAUUCUAGGUUUCGACACUGCUAUGCAUGGCUUCAUUAGGAUCCAAACUUGUCAAAGUUAUACAGUCUUGAAGGAAGAAGAUAUACAUCAACGUCAAGAAGAUGAUAUAACAAGAGUGUCUACUGUUCUUUCCAUAUCAAGAGUUGCAGCAAGCAUCUUACUUCGACAUUAUAAUUGGAGUGUUAGCAAAGUGCACGAUGCAUGGUUUGCUGAUGAAGAUGCUGUCCGGAAAUCUGUUGGCUUGCUAGAUAAGCAAGUAGUUCAGUUUUCUAAUGCUCAAGAACUCACUUGUGGAAUCUGUUUUGACUCCUUUCCUUAUGAGAAGAUUAUUUCUGCUGCCUGUGGCCAUCCUUUCUGUAAUACGUGCUGGUCAGGUUACAUUAGCACAACCAUUAAUGAUGGUCCUGGAUGUUUGAUGCUAAGAUGCCCUGUUCCAUCUUGUCGAGCUGCUGUUGGUCAAGACAUGGUCAAUUUGUUAGCACCUGAUGAAGAUGCUAAGAAGUACUCUCGGUACCUCCUUAGGUCCUAUGUUGAAGACAACAGAAAGACCAAGUGGUGUCCUGCUCCAGGAUGUGAGUAUGCUGUUGAUUUUGCUGCUGAUGGUGGAAGUUUUGACUGUGCAGAAGAAGCUCAUCGUCCAGUGGACUGUGGAACUGUGGCAAAGUGGAUUUUGAAGAACAGCGCUGAGUCUGAAAACAUGAACUGGAUACUUGCUAAUUCCAAACCUUGUCCUAAAUGCAAGCGACCGAUUGAAAAAAACCAAGGGUGCAUGCACAUGACAUGCACCCCACCUUGCAAAUUUGAAUUUUGUUGGCUGUGCCUAGGUGCAUGGUCAGAUCAUGGUGAGAGGACUGGUGGUUUCUAUGCUUGUAACAGAUACGAGGCAGCCAAGCAAGAAGGAGCAUAUGAUGAGUCAGAGAGGAGACGAGAAAUGGCAAAAAAUUCUUUGGAGAGAUACACCCAUUAUUAUGAACGAUGGGCAAGCAAUCAGUCGUCAAGGCAAAAAGCUCUUGCAGAUUUGCAUCAAAUGCAGACGCUUGAGAAGCUUAGCGACAUACAUUGUACACCUGAGUCUCAGCUGAAGUUCAUGACAGAAGCUUGGCUUCAGAUAGUUGAAUGCAGGCGAGUUCUGAAAUGGACCUAUGCAUAUGGGUUUUAUCUACCUGAGCAUGAGCAUGCUAAGAGACAAUUUUUUGAGUACUUGCAAGGUGAGGCUGAGUCUGGUUUGGAAAGGCUUCAUCAAUGUGCAGAGAAGGAACUACAACAGUUUCUUGCUGCUGAAGGCCCAUCAAAAGAAUUUGAUGAGUUCCGGACAAAGUUAGCUGGGCUGACCAGAGCAUUAGAGAAAGGUCUAGCAGACGUGGACUCUCAUGGUGCUUGUAGCAAGACAACAAGCUCAAAAAGUGUCAGCAAAGGGAAAGGUGGAAAGGGAAAGGGUAGUAAAACUGGUGGUUCCAGCAAAAAUGGAGAUGAUUAA